CUUACUUUAUUUACUUUAUUAGUAAACUGAGUGAGAAGGAAAAGCAAGCCGCCUUAAAGACUAGUAGUACGCAUACGCUACGAACACGGAUUCCAGAUUUUACACCAUUGGCUUCCCAUCGUUUUAUGUUAAGACACGGUUUCAUGGGGCUACGGGAAAACUGAUCAUUGUGGGUUUUUAGAUCAAAAUCUGUAAACGAUCAUAUCUUCCAGCUGUUUUUGGUCUAAUUCAGAAUAUCAGUUAUAAGUUUAAUUGAUGAGAUCGAGGAAAAUAGUGCUAUUUGGCUUAGCAUUUCGAUCGAAAUUAUGAUAAGUGUGGGUUUUAUCCGUCUGUAUGGUUCCUACGUCUAUUCGAGAAGCCGUGACGUUAUUUUCAAGUAGAUACUGUAACCGAUAUCUUGAUAUGUCGACUAAUUUGAUCUAAUGGUUGAUUUAUGUACUCGUGAUGCUAGACGGCCUUAAAAAAAUGUUAAUCAAACUCAACAUCGAUGUAUUGUUAAAAAGGUAGUUCUUCCGUAAGCGAUAUGUUUUUUGUUAUAAGUUUUUUAUACUCAUUUGUUGAUAGUUAUUUGAUAUGAUUUACACAUGUAUUAGCAAUUACAAGUAUUCAGGGAUACUAACGUAACCCAAGUCACGUGCGCGAUGAAAGAGUAGAGACGCAUUACCACCCUUUUUGUCAUGAACCAAAAACUGAUAUAUCCUUCAAGAUGAUGCGAUAGAUUAAUCAAUACACCUUUCUCUCGUGUGGUGUUAUUUGGAGGUGUUUUUAUUGGGGCGCUUUCUAGAUCUUAUCGCACUCAAUGACUUUUCAAUUGUCUGGUGUAUUAGUUGGAUCGUAACCUUUGCUCGUCUGCUUGUGAUUAUGACGUCUGAUAUUCUAUCCAUUGUCACAAUCCAUGUCGUAAAGAAAAGUUGAUCCUUUGACAGUGGUGUCGCAGUGAUUUCUAGCUUUACAGAUCAUGAAAAAUAACGCAUUCAAGAAGAUUUCGAAAUGGGUUUCGUCUAAAAGGUAGAUCGACUUGAAAGAGAGAGAAAAGUUACGUCUUUGAGUCCUAAUGGAGCCGUUAGAGUGUGAAGGAGGACUAUCGUUAGGCGAUUUGGAGUUGAACGAUGCUGUUGCGCCGGUGAAAAUGAGAAGUCUUUCUGAUAUAGAAAUCCUCGAGAGUCUAUUGGACGAAGGGAAUAGACCCUGCAGCACCAGCAUGCAGCGUGAACACGCUGGUAUGGAAUCACGUGAUGUGCAAGACACGAAGCGUGGAAAAACCAACGCUUCUAAUGAUUUUAUGAAAAACCAAGAGACACGAAUUGAAGACGAUGAUUUUUUAUCAUCUAAAGGCGCCAAACACAUCCCUAAACUAAACGAAACAUGCAUAAACUUUGAGAAAAAUAUGGAACAUUUUGAAAGACGCUUAAGCAAAACAAUAGUUGGUGAUAGUCACUUGAGCAAUCGUGAUUUAACCAAUGUUUUAUUGGAACUUGAAAACGAUAUUAAAAACAAAAAUGUAGAGUUUGGUCUCCAAGGAAAUGAUAGUGGAUUGAAGCGGGAGGAUGAGGACCAUGCUGGGGCUCACGGAGAGAUCACCGACGGAAAAAGAGAUGGCUGGCAACAUGUGAUUUUCGACGUUUCCUUCGCUGCAACGACAGCUAUGCGUAAGCCAGAUCAUCGUCACAGCAAUAUGGAUGACAUAGCGUUGUCACCGGUUGCCAUGGAAUUUGCUACCGAAAAAAUUGAUGUUAAGAAAAUGAAAAAAGGUGAGAACGACGAGGAGAAUGAUGAGCAACUUCCCAAUAGUUUAUUUGAUCACCGAUCUCGUGAAAGUCUUUCCAAAUCGGCAAGUGAGAAUUCGUCACAUGACUCAGAAGGUCAAACCCUGCGAGGCUAUGCUCAUGGUGAAAAUGAUACUCCAGAGACAAAUCUCAAGAGAUUACAAACUACAGCUCAAGGAUUAGUCGUCUUUUCCUACAGUAAUCUAAAAAAGCAGGAAUAUCCUCUUUCAAAUCUCCAAAAUCAGGACAGUAUGGAAUUAGGGAGUGGAGUUACUGAAGCUAUUUUAAAUUCCUGUAUUGCUAGCAGUGAGUCGAGUUGUGAAGGAUAUCAACACACCGAAAUCUCAUCAAGUAAGAGCCACGACACAAGUGAUGACAAGAAAGAAGAAAACACUCUUAUUGCUACUCAUAAUAGUGAGAUAAACACUGAUGAUAACUAUCUAAUACAAAACAAACCGUUACAAGAAUCUGUACUUGUUGACUUGGACUUGAGAAUGAGCAAUACUGAAAGUGAACAGGCGAGAAAAGACGACAAUAUUACUCAAAAUGACAUAAAAUGCCACAAACUCAAAACUAUCUUCGAAAAGAAUGACUACCCAGGAAUUAAGGGCGUCUCAGAGGAACAUUUAUUCAACGAAAACACAGAUGACGAACAGAAUGGUGAAAUUGGUGCUAUGUCCGCACAACUUGACGUUGAUAACUUGCAGCGACAAAGCUCAUUCGACACAUCUCAGGCUGAGAACACGAAACGGCGACCCCGACAAGAACUGCAUGACAACCAAGGACAUUCUACUUUGAGCGACAAAUAUUUGGAUAUUCAGGAAGACGAGAAUAGUUCUGUUCCAUUCUCAGACGUAUGUGAAUCAUUCAAUGUGAAAUCACUUAAUGAAUCAGCCAAUCAUAUCAAAGAUAAUGAUAAAAAUACCUCGUUUACAACUCUUAAUGAAGUUAUGGUAAUCGAAACUGGUGAUAUAUCUGAUGAACUCGAGGCUGCUAAUGCGUCUAGUGACCCUGUAAGUUGCUACAAUCCUACUUUAGAUAAUGAGAUUAUAACACAAGAAAACACCUUAGGGUGUUCUAUAUCACUUCUGAAAAGAACCACUGAUCUUGCUGAAGAACCAUUGCUACAAUGCAAAAAAAGGAAACUAAAUUUCGAAACUAACCAAUUAGACUUGACCUUGGAAAACACACAGGAAGCCCGAGUUCAGUGUAUAAACGUUGACUGUACAAGUUCGCGUGAAUAUCUCUUUAGUCAAUUAAACGAGAUAGCUGGCGAAGAACUUAACGAGAAUGUCUCACAAUGUUUGUUUUCUGAGAACGCCAUUGAACGAAAAGAAUAUGGAAAAGUUCUUUACUUUUUCGAAGAUGACGAUGGCUUGGAGUCAAAUUGUUCGGAUCUUGAGCAGGAUUAUUUGGAUGAUUUGACCCUGAUCACUGAGGGUCUUAUUGCUCCCCAAAAGAGACAACAGUAUGAUAUCUUUGAGCAGCUAGCCCAUGUAGAUACUACUGAAAAUGAUUGCAAAGGGCGUGAAUGUUUUUCUGAAUCUAAUAAGAACUGGAUUUUACUUGAGACAAAUUUCACUUUGCAAGAUGAAGAAAUUGACGAAAUAAAACCAGAAAUAGAUCAAAACGAAACUAAAGAAGAAUCUGUCACCAUAAAUUCUACAGAAAUCGAAGAUGUAACGCAAGAUGUAACGCGAAACGUGACGCAAGGCAUAACGCAACAUGUAGACGCGGACGACUCAUCACAGCAGCAAAAGGAAUGUAAUCAUGUAACGCAAGAAUGGGAACCGCAACAAGUAACGGAAAGUGUAGAACAACGUGACACGGAACAGUCUGGACUGCAGCAUGCAACAGACAAAACGGAAAAAUUAGUUGUAACGCAAAUGUCUGAGUAUGAACACGUAACGCUGGAAACGGAAAAACAGUUUAUCACACGACAGGAGGAGCAGCAACAAGUAACGGAAGAAACAGAAGAUCAUCAUGUAACGCUGCAAUCGGAACUGCAAGGCGAACCAGAGAAAAGUAAAGAACAACAUCAUGUAACGGACAAAAAGGAGGAGAUACAUCUAACGCAGCAAUCAAAACAACAAGAAAUGAUGGCGGAUACGGAGAAACAAUAUGUAAGUCGAGAAUCAAACGAACAACACGUAACGGAGGACUUAGUCAGGCAAUACGCAACACAAGAAUCGGAACAGCAAUGUAUAAGGGAGGAACAAUCUGUGACGCAAGACUUGGAGCAGCAAAUUAUAACGAAUGAUACGGAGGAGCCGUGUGUAACGCAAGAAUCUGAACAGCAACACUUAACUGAUGAUACGGAAGAACAAUGUGUUACGCAAGAUUCGGAACUGCAACACGUAAUGAAUGAUACGGAGGAACAAUGUGUUACGCAAGAUUCAGAACUGCAAUACGCAAUGGAUGAUACGGAGGAACAGUGUAUUACGCAAGAGUUGGAACUGGAACACGUAAUGGGUGAUACGGACAAAGAAUGUGUUACACAAGAUUCGGAACUGCAACACGUAAUGGAUAACACGGAGGAACAGUGUGUUACGCAAGAGUUGGAACUGGAAAACGUAACGGGUGAUACGGACAAAGAAUGUGUUACGCAAGAUUUGGAACUGCAACACGUGAUGGAUGACACGAAGGAACAAUGUGUUACGCAAGAAUUGGAACUGGAACACGUAACGGGUGAUACGGAGGAACAGUGUAUUACGCAAGAGUUGGAACUGGAACACGUAAUGGGUGAUACGGACAAAGAAUGUGUUACACAAGAUUCGGAACUGCAACACGUAAUGGAUAACACGGAGGAACAGUGUGUUACGCAAGAGUUGGAACUGGAACACGUAAUGGGUGAUACGGACAAAGAAUGUGUUACACAAGAUUCGGAACUGCAACACGUAAUGGAUAACACGGAGGAACAGUGUGUUACGCAAGAGUUGGAACUGGAACACGUAACGGGUGAUGCGGACAAAGAAUGUGUUACGCAAGAAUUGGAACUGGUGACGGGUGAUACGAAGGAAGAAUGUGUAAUACAAAGUGUAACCAAGGAUACGGAGAAAUCAUAUCUAACGCAGGAAUCAGAACAGCAUGACGUUACGGAGGAUACGGAGAAACCAUAUCUAACGCAGGAAUCAGAACAGCAUGACGUUACGGAGGAUACGGAGAAGCCAUAUCUAACGCAGGAAUCAGAACAGCAUGACGUCACGGAGGAUACGGAGGAACAACAUCUAACGCAGGAACCAGAACAGGGCGUUACUCAGAGACAAUAUGUAACACAUGAAUUUCAAGAACAUCAAAACAUAACUGAUAGUACGGAUGAGAAAUAUUUAACGCAAGAGCAGCAACACGUAACAGAUGAUACGAAGGAGCAAUAUGCAGUAGAAGAAUCAGUAAAGCAACUCAUAACGGAGGAUACGCAGGAUCAUUACGUAACGCAGGAAUUGAAACAUCCAAACGUAACCGACAAAACGGAGGAACAUUGUGUUACGCAAGAAUUGGAGCACAAGCACGUAACGGAUGAUACGGAGAAACAAUCUGUAACGCAAGUAUUGGAGCAAAAACACGUAACGGAUGAUACGGAGGAUCAAUGUGGAACUCAAGGAAUGGAGGAACAAUACGUAACGGAUGAAACGGAGGAUCAAUGUGUAACGCAAGGAAUGGAGCAAAAACACGUAACAGAUGAUACUGUAGAGCAAUUGGAACUGCAACGUACAAUUCUGAAUACGGAGAAACAAUGUGUAACGCAAGAAGUAGAAAAACAACGCUUAGUGGAGGAAAUGAAAGAAGAACACGUAACGCAAGAAAAGGAUAAGAAACGUGUAAUGGAGGAAGCGGAAAAAUUACAUCUUGUUACGCUAGAAACUAGACAACACGAUAUAGAAUCAAACAAUUUAGACAUCAAAGAAUCCAUACAAAACAUGACAAAUGCAAUGCUAGAUGUAGAACUGAACACUCUAGAUGUCGUGACGGAUGUAACGCAUGACAUGAACCUGAAUCUUACGAAUGUCACACAAAACGAUGCGCCAGUAACGCAAGAUGUACAGCAAAACGCAAUAGAUGCGACACUAGAUAUUAAAUCAACCACUAAUGCAGACAUAACGGAAGAAGAAGCUCAAAACAAGUGUAAUUUUACGCAGAAUUCAGAACUCAAUACUUCGGAUUCGUCGCAAGGUAUAGGACAGAGCAAUUCUCAUGUUAAACUCAAUAUUCGACAAAAUACAGGGGAGAAUUCUGCUUUUGAAACACCUGCGGAAGAUAAAAGUGAAAGAGAGGAUUUUAUACAAAUUAAUUCUGAAAAACAUGAGAACGAGGCUGAUAAAGCAAACCUUGAUUUAUUUGAAUACGUUACACACAAAGAUGAUACGAGUGAAGAAACAAUGCGUGACGACAUAGCAACCAUUGAUGUUACCAUGGAAACUGUCAAUGAAAUCAUGGAAUCCAUUCAGAGCACCAAGCAACAAAAGGAGGUCAAAGAAUCGAGGGAACUGUCCAAAGGGGAGAUGGACAGAGACAAAUAUGGUAAUUACAAUGGAACCCAUAAUGCAUCAGGAGGUUUUCUUGAAGUAGUUCACGAGGAGCCGCAAGUUGACGACAGUCUUUGUGACAACGAGGAGUUAAUUUUUGAUAAAUUAGAGGAGCAACUCAAUCAAACAAUAGCAGAACUGGAAUGCUUUGCCGAGGGACAGAAUUCUCAAGAUAGCAUAUCUCCAGGGACGAAUAAUGGCACGAAUCGGACAAUGAAAAUUGGAAAACAUGAGAGUGCGAAUAACUCUAUCACGCAAGACAAACGUGUUUACGCUACUGAAGAAGAUUCUGAGGAAAGAGAAAAGAAGGAAAGUGAAAUGGGAAUGUAUGAACGUAGAGAAAGAGAUGAGAAAGAGAAUCGUAUUCGUUCGUUUGAAAUGCUUGUUCACCUUGAAACCAUCAUUAAAGAGCUGGAGAUGUAUCGUAACGAACAGAGUCGACUACAAGAGUCAUUUAAAAUGUGCAUGGAUGGAGUAAUGAAUUCCUUGACGUCCAUGACAUACGCCAUUAAAAUGAUGGAGAAAAAGCUCAACGAACAGAUAAAACAGGCUCAAGAAGAGCUCAAACGCAGCCAUGGAAACUCGGAAGCAAACCUCGCUGUAGACAGUUGUACUCAGAUUCAUUUUGAUGAGCUAAAACAGCGCAUCAGAGACCUUGAGGUACUCUUCAUGACUUUGAACAUUCGUGAGAUUAGAGAACGAGCCGCCAAUCAUGUGUCAGCGGAGAUCAAUGGAAUGGGAAAACGACUACGAUUUACUGAAAGCAACGUCAGCGAUUUGGAACUGAGAGUGACAGAACUCGAGUCCGAGUGUACUUUACUUAGGAAAAUAACUCCCGCUGAAUCAGAACCACCAACUUUUGAACUUCCAAUGAAUGAGCACUUUCUGAAGUAUAACAGUCGACGUGAAGCGACAAGAGAAAAAAGAGGAAGCCAGACAUUUGAUGUGUGAUAGAUACAUGCUGUAACUAGAACAAGUACAUAGUGAAUCAAUGAACUAAGAGGUUCCAUGCAAUAUGGCGGCUGUAUAAAUUAAAAAUAUAACAAAUUAAAUUACUGACGAUAUUUUUUUUGAAUUUGCAAAUUAAAUAUAAAACAUGUUUACAUAAUUCUCAAUACAAUAUUAACUGAUGAUUGAGUUGAAAAACUCUUUUAGUUAUUUAUAUUUUUAUUGAAAUUACUUAUAAAAUUCUCAAAAUUCUUUUGUUUUGUUUUGUUGAUGUGUGUCAUGCCAGCACUAUUAUUAUAUUGCCUUAUAAGUGAUUUUGAAAUGACGAUUCAACAUAAAUAAACAGGCGGGAAUAUUACAUGUUGCAUAUUGCGUGUUGCAGAUACAUGUUUGAAAUGGUGUCUUUCCGUUUCCAUAGCCACAGGAUAAUAAAACCAAAACAGCAUUUGUUGA